AUGACUUUUUCUCAAGAACUACCGAAAGGUGUGGAAAACUUUUUGUUAAAUGUAUCGGUGGAAAAUCUUCUUAGGGCUCAAGAUCUCAUUCCCUUACUUUCUCCCUUGGAGAGCGAGAAACACGAAACAUCAGUAGAAUACGAUUUGAAUCGCUGGCUCGAGAAUGACGCGAAGUAUAAUGUAGUCGAUGACAGCUAUCGUAAUGGAUUCGGCGAACGGUUAGCAGAUUAUUACCUAUGCGACAGCAAAGAGAUUAAGAUGGGCAUCCUAAGUCGAUCUGAAUACGAUGCUUUUACACUACCUCUAGACCUCGAAUGGGAAUUUUCAAGUUCUUCGGUUUCUUUCUUGGAAUACCUUGUUUCGUUCUUCAAGGAAAAGGUGGUCAAAUCAUAA